CGGCUAUACGCGGUGUCUAACAUUACGAGGAGUCACGCCACAUGUCCUACGAAAAUGAACCAAUGCGGGUUCUAUUUCGAAUCCGAGUCCAUGACAUGACAUAGUCACGAUAGUAUCAGCCAGCCACCCUCCACAGGAUCAACGAUUCACACUGCUGUUUAUACUUACUAAAUAUCUCUUUCACUUCUAUUACAACAUUCCUGCCGAAUCUAUGUGCUGAUCCAUGGAUCCAGAACUCCCCAACGCUUCCAUUUGUUGAGUAGUAAACUACGUGGUGCGGUGAUUAUAUUCAUCAAAUUCCUUGGUUGAGAAGUGUUGUACAAUUGUUACAGCAGUCGAAAACCCAUAUAACAGCAUCUUACAACAUCAAAUACUGGACCGCAGUACUGUAUUUAUUUCACUCAACAGUCUGCGUGUCAUUGUCACACUGAUGAUCUUAUCCCAAUAUUAUACCCCAGGACUUCCUCCGGGCCAAUUAAUAUUCAUUAUUUGCUCAGGCAAUACUAGUGUUAGACACUGAGUUGACCUAUCUGUCCCUAAACCUUGCCCUUUUAGUGUGGGAUCGAAUGUCAAUGGAGCCGCCACCAUCCAUGUCAGCAAUGUCUGAACUAAAGGACGUAAUGCGAGACUUACUUCAACGAGGUCAAUUCACUGACAUGGAGAUUCACUGUCAAGGGAUUACUUUCCCAGUUCACCAGGCUAUUGUUUGCACUCAGUCCAGCUAUUUCCAUAGCGCAAUUUGUGAUGGCUUCAAGGAAUCCACGGAGAAAGCUAUCCAUCUUCAGGAUGAGACCCCAGCAACCAUGGAGCGUGUUCUAUCCUUCCUCUAUCUCAGGGAGUAUAGUGAGGACGGGCACAUAGUUCAAUAUCAGCCCCCUUCGGAGCUUGCCAUGCCUGACAAUGGGUCGGAUUCAAUCAUUCCAGAAAACGAGGCAGAAAGUCCAAAGCCAAUGAAUCAAGCCGCUUUCAAUAACAUUGAAGUAUUUAUCGCGGCUGAUAAAUACGGAAUUAUUCCAUUGAAGACUCUGGCUACCUCGAAGUUCUCUCAAUGGGCGAAUGCGAACUGCAGCUCUCCAAAGUUUCACGAAGUCGUCGAAAAGGUUAUGACGUCAGUGCCGUCCCAUGAAUCAAUUCUUCGAGAAGUCAUUGCCGACGUUAUAUCGAGACAUAUCUUCGACCAGAUCCAAGACCCUGAGAUAGUUCACAUCUUGGACUCUUUUGGAUGUCUUGGGUCUCUGAUUAUUAGGAAAUUGGUUAGCAACGAGCUAGUGAGACGCCCCAAUGAAGAUGACAUUUUUCGGGGACUUGUUCAAAAGAUAAACUCCGCUCGUCGCUGUCGGCAUUGUUUGAAGGAUUUUAAUGUGAGGUUAAUAGGCAGGGAGUAUUUCUAUGAAGGGUUCCGCUGUGCUGCUUGCAAUACACGAAAUUGAAGUGUCCGACUAAAAAUUGUAUUCUGGUUACAGUGCGGCUGCUGAUUAUGAUUUCCUUUGCCCGAAUAUAGCUCGCUUUGAAUAUAUGCUACUAUCAGGUCUGUUGACAGCUUUAAGGUCAUCACUGGAGUCUAGUGCGGUGCAGUAAAUCGAGUCCAGGCAAUAGCGAUUUCUUACCGAAACCUCAGCGUUCUACAUAUAGGUCACUCACUUACUGAGUAACCACUAGGACUCUAUAAAAAUCCACUGUCCUAUAAUAGUUUAACAUUACUCAUCAAGUACGAAGCUUAUGUCUAAUAUAGGAUACUAUAGUACUAGUAGUGAUGAAAAUACAUCGAGAGAAUGACGGUAUCUGAAGUUCGCAGUAGGAGUGGUGGUGGCGGUGGUUGUUUAUCUAAGCUUAAGGAUCCCAGUGCCCUAAUAAUAGUAAUAUCUAGCUAGGGCCCAU